UUAUUUUCAAACUCCCCUUCAUACCCGCGCACUAUCCCCCAGUCAUCCGUUGGGUGUUGAUGGUCUUUUAAUAUUCUUUUCGAUAUAUAAUUUUCUUAGAGAGAGAGAGAGAGAUUCAAAAAGUUUCUAGAGAGAGAGAGAGUAUGUGAAUUCUGUGUAAAGCUCACAUCUUUGACAGAUAAUCAACCAGCCCCAUUCCCAAGUUUCGAUCUUUGAAGGUGAUCUGAAGUUCCUUCCUCCAUUUCUUGCAAUGCCCAGAUGGAUUUUGAUCCCUCCCCAUACGUAUUCAUAGCCGUAUUCCAUUUCCAUCCCAAUUAUCUCGAAUCCCGAUGAGGUUGGAACCAGCAAAUCAAAAACAGGGCAUUUGCCGUUUUCAUCCAAUCAAAUUAGCAGUGUCUUAAUUUUGGAGCAACUUUGUUCAGAUUCAGAGGCUGUUCUGCUCAUGUGACCGAAAAGUUAGAAUCCGAGGCAGCUGCGUGGUGGAGGAGGAGAAGUUAAAGUCAAAUAAAAACCCAAUAAGCUGUAGCUAGAUUAUAAAGGGAAGGGACUGAGGUGGAGUCCUGAGAGCUACUGAGCUCUUAGCGUAUGAAAGUGGGCUUUGGAGAGGUUUGAAUAGCAAUGCCGGACUCGAAGAAGAAGGUUGCCGGCAGCAGUGAGUCUGAUUCCAAGAAGAAGGAGAGGCAUAUCGUCACCUGGACUCCAGAGGAGGAUGAUAUAUUGAGGGAAGUAGUUAGAAUUCAUGGAACUGAGAAUUGGCCAGCUAUUGCAUUAAAGUUCAAGGAUAAGUCGACGAGGCAGUGCCGGAGAAGAUGGAGCACAUAUUUGAACUCUGAUUUCAAAAGAGGGGGUUGGUCACCUGAAGAAGACAAACUCUUAUGUGAGGCUCAGAAGGUUUAUGGUAACAGAUGGACUGAAAUAGCAAAGGUGGUCUCAGGCCGAACUGAUAAUGCCGUAAAGAACCGGUUUACCACAUUGUGCAAGAAGAGAGCCAAGUAUGAAGCCUUAGCUAAGGAGAAUAAGGCUUCGUGUGUAAACCCGAAUGGGAAAAGGGUCAUAUCAUGUGGUACAUUGAACAUGCAAGGAGCAACAGGAGUCGCUGAUCCAAAUAAGAAGUCGAGAGGGACCAACGUUCGGGAUGUUUCGUUGGAAGAUGAUCAGCAGCCGAGGCCUCCAUUUGCAGUUUUAGCCCAAAAUUUGCAUCAUAAGGGGGAGGAUAAUGACCGCCACAAUGAUGAUCAGGGCGUGAAGACAGGCGAAACAUUUUUGAGGACAGAUGAUCCAAAGUUUGCUGCACUGAUGCGGCGAGCCGAACUUCUUAGUUCACUGGCACAAAGAGUUAAAGCAGAGAGCACAGAGCAGAGUCUUGAAAACGCUGAGAAGGUUUUGCAGGACAUCAUUAAUCAGAGCAAAGAUGGAGAUAUCUUCAAAUACUGCAAUGCUGGGAUUGAUUUCCAACUUCAUAUUAUUAAAGACAUGAUGGGAGACUUUACAAGCAGUAAUGAGGGAAGUCAAACAUCAUGGAGGCAACCUGAUCUCUGCGAGGACUCUCCUGCUACCUCAGAAUAUAGUACAGGAUCGACUUAUCUGAUCAAAACAACUCAUGACAAAACCGCAGAAACUGAAGCAAAAGAAAAGAGCAUCGAAGAUAGGUUUCACAUAAAACAUACCCGUGAAAAAAGCAUAGUCGAUGGGCAUAAGGAGAUUAUUUCUACUGCAAUUGCCGAGCAAGAGGGUAUGCUCCGAUCUUGUGAUGAGAAGAUCAACACGGAAGCCGUUGUCUCUGUCCCACCAAGUAAAGAAUUUGGCUCGCCUCUCCAAGUAACUCCAGUAUUCAGAUCAAUAGCUGCAGGAAUUCCUAGCCCAAAAUUUUCAGAAAGUGAGAGGAACUUUCUGAUGAAGACGCUUGGAAUGGAGUCUCUUUCUCCUUCUCCAAGCACUAAUAUCAAUCCACCUUCGUGCAAACGAUCCCUCCUUCAGAGUCUGUAACCAAAACUCUCACCAGUACAAUUUCUAUACAGAAACUUACAUAUCAUCCAGAAGUAUAGUACUUUCCAUAGAUUGAGUUUCUUGUUCCUUCUUGCAGCCAUGUAGGCCUAAUAUUUUUCUGAAAGGCGUAUUUGAGUCUGCUACAGUCAGGACAACCCUGAUCUAGAACCCUUCUAGGAUGUCCGGGAACAUUCUAGCAAACCUAGCAAGCACCGGACAUGCUUGCUGGAGUGUGUUGAUUCUUUUUGUUUGCCUUCUUUGUCUAAUUCGUUUUGUGUGUAGCUUCAUUUGUUUUCAACUCACAUCGAGUUUUUUGGUCGAGUCAUCUGUACAGGAACAUUGUUGCCUAAUACCUUGUAAUUGAUGAGUGUAAUCAAGUGGUUGGCACAUCGCCAAUAGCUAGCUACUAUAUACUUCAGAUAAGACACAGGGAAGGAGGAACCAGUCACAUGGACUCCUAUCUGGGUUUUUCGUUUUUCCGGGUUUUUUUGGGGUGUGGAUAGUUCAUAGAAUAAACAGGUAAAGUCUUUUUUGUGGCCUUUGUUACUAAUUCUUAAUGUUAUCUUACUUGCCGAGGUUGGACCGGAAAUUUGGUUUCU